CCUCCCUCCCCCCUUUUAAAAGCGUCCCUUCUCACCUGAGUUAGAAAAUAGCCGCAGCUCCUCGACCCUUCACUUCCCUGUCACCGUCCGACUACUAAAACGUAUUUUUACGAUUAGAUUUUUUUUUUUUUCGCAAGGAAUCUUCUGCCUGAAAUCACGUUUUGGAGAUAAAGCACUCAAGCAAGGGUUAAAGGAGCACCUUGUGAUCGUCGAAACUGUCAAGUAAGCAUCGGAAAUCCUCGUCCCGCCGUGAACCACUAUGCCGGGAAUUGUGGAUCGCAUGGAGCUGAGGAAAGUCGCCACGGAGGCCGACGACGACAGCACGGACAGUUUGGACCGUUUCACAGAGACCAUCGAUUCCGAAAAGGCCACCAUCAACAGUCAGUUCCUGGACGAUAUGGACGAUGGCGAGAGCCAAAAGUUCCUGACGAAUGGAUUGAUGAAGAAGAAGAAAUAUGAAGAGUAUCAUGAAGAAUAUCAUCCAGGCCAUACGUCCUUCGGAAUGUCCGUCUUUAAUUUAAGCAACGCCAUAAUGGGCAGCGGGAUCCUGGGCUUGUCGUACGCCAUGGCCAACACCGGCAUUGUAUUGUUUACACUCCUACUCAUCGCUGUUGCCAUCCUCUCCUUGUAUUCUGUGCAUUUGCUUCUAAUGACGGCGAAAGAAGGAGGGUCCCUCAUCUAUGAAAAACUGGGAGAAAGGGCGUUUGGUUGGCCGGGAAAAAUAGCGGCGUUUGGAUCGAUUAUAAUGCAAAACAUUGGCGCCAUAUCUAGCUACCUCUUUAUUGUGAAAUACGAGCUGCCGGAAGUUAUUCGGGCGUUCUUGGGUUUGGAAGAAAGUACCGGUGAAUGGUACCUGAACGGAAACUACCUGGUGAUAAUUGUGUCCAUUGGAAUUAUUUUCCCUUUGUCGCUGCUUAAAAAUCUGGGUUAUCUGGGCUACACGAGUGGUUUUUCUCUUUGCUGCAUGGUGUUCUUCCUGGGAGUGGUGAUCUACAAGAAAACCCAGCUCCCAUGCCCGCUUCCCUUCCUGAACCACGUCUCAGCCAACUUAAGCACGAACGCCUCGCACGUGCCGGGCGUGUACGCGUUACACAAUCGCUCGGCGCAAAUUGACUUCUCCCGGGCGGACGUAUCCCCGGCCGUCACCGAUAGCCACAUGGCUUCCACCGGCGUCCACUUUGAGCCGCAGCACGACGACGAGGAUAUGUGCACGCCCAAAUACUUUAUCUUCAACUCACAGACGGCGUACACCGUGCCCAUCCUGGCCUUUGCCUUUGUGUGCCACCCCGAGGUGCUGCCCAUCUACAGUGAGCUGAAAGAUCGCAGCAGGAAGAAGAUGCAGACCGUCUCCAACCUGUCCAUCCUCGCUAUGCUCAUCAUGUACAUGAUGUCAGCACUAUUUGGCUACCUCACUUUUUAUGAAAACGUGGAGGCGGAGCUUCUUCACACCUUCACCAAGGUUUACAAGUUUGACACCCUGCUACUGCUGGUGCGUUUGGCUGUCCUCACUGCCGUCACGCUGACCGUCCCCAUUGUGCUCUUCCCUAUCCGUUCCUCCAUCACCACUUUGCUCUUCAGCGGCCGAAGUUUCAGCUGGCCUCGGCACAUGCUAAUCGCCGCCGGCAUCUUGUUCUUCAACAACAUGCUGGUCAUCUUCGUCCCGACCAUCCGAGACAUCUUCGGCUUCAUUGGUUCCUCGGCAGCGACCAUGCUCAUCUUUAUCCUCCCUGCGGCCUUUUACCUCCGCCUGGUGAAGACCGUACCUUUUCGCUCCCCACAGAAAAUCGGGGCCGCCGUCUUCUUGGUUGUGGGAAUCGUCUUCAUGAUUGGCAGCCUGACACUCAUAGUUCUCGACUGGAUCCACAAUCCACCCGGUUCCAGCGGGGGGCACUAAGCGAACCACCUCUCUGACCUCCCUGGAGCUCAGUCCCUCCACAAACAUAUAUUUACCACAAUAGCCGGAUAUGUUCUUCAGACUUUUCAGAUUGAGUUUUGCUGUAUUUUUGUUGUUUUAAAAAAAAAAAAAUUCUGGAAGACGCCGAAAAGCAUCGUCGCGGCAGUUAUGAAGAAGCUGAACGAACACACAUUUGUCACCUUCCAAACGGCCGCCUGGGCCAGCCCGCUUCCGCGCACUUGAGGUCCGAGUCCACGGCCCUCUCGAAAAAACCCGGAGCACUUCUUCGCAUCGCUUUGCGGCGUCGGACUAACACACUCGCAACCGCUCGGUGUCUUUUUGCUGCUCUCUUCAAUGUGAACAAUCACGAAAUAGAGGCUUGCCAAAGUCUGCACGCACGUAGGAAACCAUAACGCCAGUCAACCGGUUUUAGCUUUUGCACGAUCAAGCCGCAUCAACGUCAAGCAUCGGAGACGUUUCCAGUAUUACGGCUACGAGGUGAUUUGAAAAGUAUAUGUAUAUAAUUGUCUACUGAAUGUUGUACAUAAUACAGAGAAUCUGCUUCGGGCACUUGAUGUAUGGCUGGUCAAUGAAAACAACUACUUUUUUUAUAAGCAAUUAGCAAUUGAAAUGUUUUGUCGAGAUAUAGUACACAAGAAAAAAAAAAAAGUGUCAAUCAUUACUGUCACUUAUGUGAUGAGUAUUUUCAACUCGUGCCAUAUGAAGUCAGUCAAAAUGAUCGGGCCUAUCCAUGAAUGCGCCGGUGCCUUUAUUGAACUAAUCAGCAUUUUUUUUAAUCCGACCAAUCUUUUCAAGUCGUGCCUUUACCGGAAUUGAAUUGGCUUUUAUUUACUGGUGCCUUUACGUAGAACAUCAACGAUGAAAUUGUGCUCUCGGUGUCACAUCCAGCCAAAGUGGACAAUAUUUACGGAUCCUUUGGGGAUCUUGAUACGUGAAGCAAAGUGAUAUUUCAAAUGAAAUAGUGUUUAUGUGCAUGUUUCUUUUUUGGGGAUUACACAAGGUCUUUUUGGACAAUUGUAUAUGCUCUGUAAAUAAUCGUUAUUUUAUUGUACUCUUGACUCUCAUUGUCUGCAAGAGCGUCGUUGAGAGUAUCUUCUGCAAUUUGUUUUAGUAUAUAUAUAUAUAAAUAUAAAUAUGUAUAACAUGCAUUUAGAUUUUUUUCUUGCUGUAUGACAGUAGGUUCUUUUUUUCCUUUUAUUGUAUAUUUGUAGAAAUAUUGCCUGUUCAUGUCAUGACUUUUUUUGUUAGAAUGUCACAUUGGAAUGAUCGGAAUAGGUUUUCACUAAAUACUAAACACAGUCUGUAGCUUCUUAUCUCUUGCUGGCCAACACUGGGUUCAAGGUUAGGCUACCUGUGAGCAAUACCGAGGCGGGAAAAAACAAGAAAAGGUCCACCAGGCUCCGCCAGGACAAUCAAUGCUCUGAUCUCACUGUGCAUCAACUGCUGCCAUAGAAACACUUGGGAAGGUAUUACUUGAAACCUUGGAAAAGCUUUCCACAGGCCUUUUAACGUGAAAACAGCAUCGUGAUUGAAGACUGAAGGGUACACUCUCCUAAUUAUGCCGCCGAUUGCAGUUCGAUUGGUUUUUUUUCUCUUCCAGUCACGUCUGCUCCGCCAAAGUAUCUCAGGUAUUAUUAGUUUGCAUUUGGUAGUGUCUUUAAAUCUUUUGCAUGAUUGGAGCCAAUUAGCCGCUCAUGGUCGAGUGGUCCGAGCAAGUAUCGGUCAAAAUAAAGAACAGAACCGCUCCUCCAUCGGUUAAGCCCAACGCUGACGGCAAAUUUGUAACCGUACCCAUUCAAAGGGCAUGUUUUUGUAUCUGUGAUGCUGUUUCAUUAUGAGGAAUAAAAA